GCUCUUGCAGUGAGUCAGUGUAAUGGAGUCAGGCAGCGGGUCUGCGGCGCUGGGGAGUGCAGAAGUGGGAUUGCUGGGAGCUGCUGGGAGUCAUGACGCUGCUGACAGGGGCCUGAGGCCUGGCCGACACCCAGAGGAGGACGACAUCGUACCAGAGCUGGCCCGCAGUAUACACCCCCGAGAGAGGCCCGACUGGGAGGAGACCAUCAGCGCCAUGGCUCGGAGUGCGGAGAUCCCCGAGCUGAGCUCCGAGCCCCUCCUACGAUCCUGCAGCAGCACUGCCAGCAUGAAGGUCAAGAACGUCAAAAAGCUGUCAUUCACCAAAGGCCACUUCCCCAAGCUGGCAGAAUGCGCCCACUUCCACUAUGAAAACGUUGACUUUGGAACAAUACAGCUAGCUCUGGCAGAUGAGCAGAAUGAAGUGACGAGGAAUGGCUUUGAGCUGAAGGAGCUGGUGUACCUCGUCCAGAUCUGUUGCCAGGGUCGCAGCUGGAUUGUGAGGCGUAGCUAUGAAGACUUCCGCGUCCUUGACAAGCACCUUCAUCUGUGUAUCUAUGACCGCCGCUUCUCCCAGCUGCCCGAGCUGCCCCGAUUCGACAGCCUGAGGGACAGAGCCGAGACAGUUUCCCAGAUGCUGAUGGCUUACCUCUCCCGCUUGUCAGCCAUCGCUGACAACAAGAUAAACUGUGGGCCUGCUCUCACAUGGAUGGAGAUUGAUAACAAGGGGAACCACUUGCUGGUACAUGAGGAUUCCUGCAUCAAUGUUCCUGCCAUUGCCGCUGCCCAUGUUAUUAAGCGCUACAUUGCCCAGGCGGCGGAUGAGCUGUCUUUCGAGGUCGGAGACAUCGUUUCAGUAAUCGAUAUGCCCCCCAAGGAGGACACGACGUGGUGGAGAGGCAAGCAUGGCUUUCAGGUCGGCUUCUUUCCUAGUGAGUGUGUGGAAUUGAUCAAUGACAAGCUGCCCCAGUCUGUCACCAACUCAGUGCCAAAACCAGCCUCUCCCAGCUCCGGUCUGCGGCCCGCCUCCUGGAGCUUCUUCCCUCCCUAUUUGGAAAUGGAGAGUGUUAAGCAGGAUAAUGCAUGGGUUCCCGACCCUCUAAACCCCUACACCAUGAGUUCAGUGUCCAGGAAGCACGGGAAGCUGAUCACGUUCCUGCGCAGCUUCAUGAAGUCCCGGCCGACCAAGCAGAAGCUGAAGCAGCGCGGGAUCCUCAGGGAGCGGGUGUUCGGCUGCGACCUAGGCGAGCACCUCCUCAACUCGGGCCAUGACGUUCCCCAGGUGCUCAAGAGCUGCACCGAGUUCAUUGAGAAGCAUGGCGUGGUGGACGGGAUGUACCGCCUAUCUGGAAUUGCGUCCAAUAUCCAGAAACUGCGCCACGAGUUUGACUCAGAGCAGAUACCAGACCUGACCAAGGAUGUGUACAUCCAGGAUAUCCACUGUGUGGGGUCUCUGUGCAAGCUAUACUUCCGAGAGCUGCCCAACCCUCUCCUCACCUACCAGCUCUACGAGAAAUUCUCUGAGGCAGUGUCAGCAGCCACAGACGAGGAACGCCUGAUCAAAAUCCAUGAUGUCAUCCAACAGUUGCCUCCACCGCAUUACCGGACUCUUGAGUUCCUCAUGAGGCACCUGUCCCACCUGGCAACCUUCAGCUACGUGACCAACAUGCACAGCAAAAACCUGGCCAUUGUCUGGGCUCCCAAUCUGCUCAGGUCCAAGCAGAUCGAGUCGGCCUGCUUCAGCGGCACAGCUGCCUUCAUGGAGGUGCGCAUCCAGUCGGUGGUGGUGGAGUUCAUCCUCAACCACGUGGACGUGCUCUUCAGCCCCAAACUCAGCUCGCUGAUCCGGGAGGGGGCAGGGCACAACUCUCUGUCUCGGCCCAAGUCCCUCCUGGUUUCCUCUCCCUCCACGAAGCUGCUGACCCUGGAGGAGGCGCAGGCUCGAACCCAGGCCCAGAUCAACUCCCCCGUCACGGCCGACAGCAAGUACAUUGAGGUGGGGGAGGGGCCUGCUGCGCUGCAGGGGAAGUUCCACACAGUCAUCGAGUUCCCCAUGGAGAGAAAGCGGCCCCCUGUAAAGGUGAAGAAGUCUCCGGUGGGCAGUUGGCGCUCCUUCUUCAACUUGGGCAAGUCGUCCUCCAUGGCCAAGCGCAAGCUGCAGCGUAAUCCCAGCGAGCCCAACGAGCUGAAGGCCAUGGCAUUGACAGGCGGCAGAGGGGACACAGGAACUCUGCGAUCGGCCAAAAGUGAGGAGUCGCUCAGCUCUCUACACAAUGUGGAUGGUGAGUCGAAGGUGUACCGGCCGCGCCGGCCCCGGUCCAGCAGCGAUGCCCUGUCCGCCUCCUUCAACGGCGACCUGCUGGACAGCCGGCAGCAGUGCAACUCCUACGACAACCUGACCCAGGGCGAGAGCGACGGGGACGAGGGCCCCAUCCGGGUGCCCGCACUCAUCUCGCCCCCGCGCCCCACCGAGGACGUGGACCUGAGUCCACCUGACAUCGGCAUGGCCUCCCUGGACUUCGACCCCAUGUCCUUCCAGUGCAGCCCGCCCGCGCCCGCGCCCGCGCCCGAGCCCGCCUUCCCCUCCCCCUCCUCGGGCGAGGGGGCCUGCCCGAGGAGGAGCCCGGGCAGCGCCAGUGGCUCAGAGCCCACCUCUCCCUCCCUGGAGAAGUUCGCCUGCCCCUUCCUGUCCCCCGACCUCAGCCCCGCCCUGGGGGACAGAGGGGACGGCAAGAGACAGGCCCCAGCCUCAUUCGCCGAGAAGAUGGCGCAGGCGCUGUCCCCCAAAAUCGGUCGCAAGUCGACCAGAGUGGCCCCCCUGACCGUUAUGGAGCCUGCGGUGGCAUUGGAGAGCACGGGGGUGCAGCCCUCCCCCCCUCUUGCCUUGUCCCAGGGCCUCCGCUGCCCCCCGUCCCACACGAGCUCCAUGCCAGUAAGCGAGGGCUGCCAGCACCAGAUGCACUGCAAGCUCUCCAGCACCAGCAGCCCAGACAGCGGGGACCCGGCCGUCACGGACUGCCCCGACCCGGCCCGGCCCGCCUGCGGUCAGAAGCAGCCAGGAGCCGUAGUUCUGGACUCUCCACAGGGCCCCAACCCCGUCAGCUCAGUGUCCCUCCUCCCUCCUCCUCCCCCUCCGAAAAAUGCCGCCCGCAUGCUGGCCCUGGCCCUGGCCGAGUCGGCCCAGCAGGCGGCCAUCUUGUCCCAAAGGAGGCCCUCCGAGCCCCCGACACCCAUCUCCCCCCUCUGGCCCCAGGCACCGCUGGACACCCUGGAGUGGCCACCCCCGCCCCCCCUCCAGUCCCCCACAGCCACCGAGGCAGCAGCAGCAGACAGGGAUGCCCUCCCAACCCCAACCAGCAGCACGCCUGCCGAGAGCCAGACACCCGACAUCGGCGCCAACAAGUCACCCCCCACCACCUGCGCCGGUCAGGAGAACCACACCGGCGUCUUCAACAUCACCGACAUCACUGCGGCAGCUCCGAGCCAGUGUGCCGCCACUCCCGCUGGUCUGCCAGCCCAGGUGUCACCUGCUCGAAAGAGCCCGCAAAGGCAGCAGCCUGCUGCUGGACAAGCCCCCAACAGCGGCCUGAGCACCCCACCCAGCAAGGAGGCUGCAGCCGCACCGCAGAGGAGCUCCGAGGUAGCUGGAACCAUGUUGUCACCGGCACUUCCGAAAACUCCUGAACCUCCAGCUGCAGGUGCACAGCAUCAGCCUAACACCAGGGCCUCCCCCAUCACCCCUGCCACCGCCACACCUACCCCUGUCACCCCUGCCACCGCCACCCCUGCCCCCGUCACUCCAGUGCCCUCAGAGUCCGUGGAGAAGCCCUGGGAGGCCAUAAAGCCAGUGCACCCCUGGACGGAGCCUGUUCCACACUACCACGCCCAUGAGGCCAUGCCCCCUCCUCCGCCGGUGCGCUCCAUCGAGAGCAAGUUGGCGACUGCCGCCCUCUCUGGCGCCGAGGCCGCCAACGCCUCCAACUUCCAUGUCAUCCUCGCCGAGGCAGCCAUGCCGGCGUCAGUGGAGGAGGUCCUCCCCCAGCCACCCCCACCCCCUCGGAAGUCCUCCACCCACCAGCCGGCCUACCUGUACCAUGCAAAGCCUGAGCCCACAGGGGAGCCGUACUACCACCAGCGGGGCCCCGCUGUCGGGCACAGCCCCCUGGCGUACCACUACCGCCCCGAGAGCGUGCCUCCACACCUGUCCUACGUCUCCAAAUCGGAGCCGCAGAUCCCCUACAGCGGCCGGGCCGACAGCCGCUACAGCACGCUGGGGCCCCGCUCCUUCCACCAGUCCAUUAAGUCCCGCGGCCCCUACAGGGGCGAGUACGCCCCCGCCGGCCCCCUGGGGCACCACGGCCAGGCGUACGGCCCUGUGGAUGGAGCGGCGGUCUACCCCACCAUCCGCAGGGUGCACUCCCUGCACGUGGCGUCCAGCUCCGGCGUCCGCUCGGUGCCCAUAUCGCGGACCGAGGUCCCCCCCGACAACGAGCUCUUCUACUACCAGCGGCCGGUCUACCAGUGCAAGCCCCCCUACCAGCAGGCACCCCAGACAGACUACCACGUCACUCAGCUGCAGCCCUACUUCGAGAACGGCCGCGUGCACUACCGCUACAGCCCGUACUCGGGCGGCAGCCCUCUGGACGCCCCCUACUAUGACGUGGACCCCUACGGCACCAUCCGUCUGCGCCACUUCCACUCCUUCAGCGCCCACGACCUGGCCCCGACGCACCUCAGCCGGCCCGGCGGCAAGACGGGGGCCUACCACUACCUGUCCCGCCACGUCCUGCCCGCGGGCAGGGAGCACAGCUUCGUGAGCCGGGACAUGCCCCCCUCCCACGGCGCGGCCAAAGCAGCAGCCGUCUACCUGGCCUGGGACCCCGAGGAGUCGGACAGGCUCCGCAUUCACUCCAUCAGGCGGGAGAGCAGGGCGCGGCACAAGGCCCGGGCCCCCGUCAUGUCCCAGUACGACAAUGUGGGCCCCUUCCCAGGCCCCGGGGACCUGGCCAGCUUGGACAUCCUGCAUCCACGCAGCAAGUCGGACCCUGGGAAAGCCGUGCUCGUAGCCAGCGACGGGAAGGAAGGGCAGUAUGCGGGGGCAUCCGCCUCCCAGCACACCCCCCGGUACUUGCACUCUGACCCGGAGGUGCUUGUGUACAUGGAGACGGAGCGGCGCUGCCCAGGGAAUGGGACGGGUGACAAGCCAGCCCCGCCCCCAAAAGAGAGGACCUCCAGGGGCGGCCCGCUUCCUCAGCACCACGAGCUGACGCACCCUGACCCCCGGGGCGACCCAGGUGACGGCAGGCAGCAUGCAGGCAGGGCGAAACCUGCUGGUGGCUACCCCGAGGAAGAGCCACAGCCGGCCUCCAAGAAGGCGCCGGCCCCGCCCAAACCAGAGCGCUCACACAGCGUCCGAGAGCGGGCGCCCCACCAGCCGCCCCCCCCUCACCCGCACCCACAGGAGAACCCCGAGCCCCUCCCCUACCAGCCCCACGAGUACAGACACAGCACCAUGACCGUGCUGUCACACUACGACAACCUGGACGACUACCACCCAAUACCUCAGCCUCCCCAAAACCAGCCCCAGACUCCCGGCCCUACUCGAGGGAGCACCGGCACUUUCCCCGCCCCCGGAUUCGCGCCCCCGCACAGUAACAGAGCAUACUCCACCGCUCUGGGACAGGGGGCGUUUGUCCAGGCAGAGCUGUCCUUGCAGAGGCCUGAGACGGAGGUCCGUGCAGAGUGAAGGGCCUGAACGGACACUAAAGAGACAAACUGUGAAAUCAUAAAUUAACUACAGCAGCCUCUGCGGGACAGUGGACUGUCUCCUCAUUGUUUGUGUUCAUUCUUUUCUUUUUGUACUUCUAACAAAAUGUAAAGAAAAUGAUAAGAAAAUUAUAUAUACAGAGACUUUUUACUGAAGUGAAUGUACCGUAAUUUCUUCUAUUGUCUAAAAUGCCACAGCUGUGACUUACAAAAAUGAUGGGUGAUCGUGUGUGUGUGCGUGUGUAUACAUAUAUGUAUGUAUAUAUAAUGCGUGUGUUUAACAACAAAGGGUACAUCAAAUGCAGAUGCAAUGUAUAUUAUGAAAAGAAACUACUGGCUAUCUGUGAUUUUUCAUUUUGAUUUUCUGUUGUUUAUUUGGGAAGGGGUUAUAUGGUUUGCAUUUCAGAAAUGCAUGCACACUCUUGCAGAACUGUUCUGUGUACCUCGAUUUAAGUGGUGUUCCACCCUGGAUGUUACACAUUGUCAAGGGAGACCUGUGUGUGUCAUCGUGUUCUCCUGCUUCUCUGUGCGCAACCAGUCUGUGGGCUCACCACCAGUCUCGCAAUUCCUGCAUUUGGUUGGAGACCAGAGUAAUCAGUGGAUCUUUGGACUGAUAUAGUUCUUAAACAAAGGUUGUCUGUUUUAACUUUGGAAUAAAACCUGUGUUUCUCUCUAGUCUAAUUUAAAAAAAAAAAUGUGUCUUGGGCUAAAAUGGGUUUGCUUUAUUGCAAGAGGGACCAAACAAUAGAAGUGAAGUUAUUAGUUCAUCAUAG